GAGAGGGAGCGCGCGCGCCGAUGACGUCACUCUCGGCGUCUCCGCCAUCUUGGCUGUAGACAGAGGCGGCAACUUGGGCAGUGCGGUGCGCGUGCGGCCGUAUCGAUGCUGAGGCUCGGAGGCCGUGGGCUUUUGUUGGGACUGGCUGUAGCCGCAGCAGCGGUGAUGGCAGCACGGCUUAUGGGCUGGUGGGGUCCCCGCGCUGGCUUUCGCCUUUUCAUACCGGAGGAGCUGUCUCGCUAUCGCGGCGGCCCAGGGGACCCGGGCCUCUACUUGGCGUUGCUCGGCCGCGUCUACGAUGUGUCCUCCGGCCGGAGGCACUACGAGCCUGGGUCCCACUAUAGCGGCUUCGCAGGCCGAGAUGCAUCCAGAGCAUUUGUGACCGGGGACUAUUCUGAAGCAGGCCUUGUGGAUGAUAUAUCUGAUUUGUCAUCUUCUGAGAUGCUGACACUUCAACAUUGGCUUUCAUUCUAUGAGAAGAAUUACGUAUGUGUUGGAAGGGUGACAGGACGCUUCUACGGAGAGGAUGGGCUGCCUACCCCGGCACUGACCCAGGUAGAAGCCACGAUCACCAGAGGCUUGGAGGCAAACAAACUAGAACUGCAAGAGAAGCAGACGUUCCCGCCGUGCAAUGCGGAGUGGAGCGCAGCCAGGGGCAGUCGGCUCUGGUGCUCCCAGAAGAGUGGAGGCGUGAGCAGAGACUGGAUUGGUGUCCCCAGGAAGCUGUAUAAGCCAGGUGCUAAGGAGCCCCGCUGCGUGUGUGUGAGAACCACUGGCCCCCCUAGUGACCAGAUGCCGGACAACCUGCCACACAGAAAUCGUGGGGACCUGGACCACCCAAACUUGGCGGAGUACACAGGCUGCCCACCUCUAGCCAUCACAUGCUCCUUCCCACUCUAAGCUGUAGCCUUUUCUGUUGAUAACACACAGAGAGCUCUGCCGAGAACCUGAGUAGGCCCUUGACACUUGUGUGCCCUGGGAUGCCCCCUGGCACAAAUCAGGAGGGUCUGGAAGGACGCUGGCUAUAUUCUGCAAAUGUGGCUCAUGCCCCUCACUGUGGCUCAGCGUUGUGGUGCCUGAGGGACAGCCGGCCACCUGCCCAGUACUGGUUGGCGUUUCACCACUAUUCCCCUUGACCUACUGGCCACCUUCCUCAGAGCCCUCAGAUACCAAUGGGCGCAAAUAUCACCAACUCCAUUUCCACUUGAAUUUACAACCAAAAGCCUGCUGGGUUGGUUACAGCUGGGCCAACACGGUAAGAGGCAAUAACAAAUUAGCAUGGGUUGAUUCUGGACUUGGAAAAGCUUUUGCUUGUAUGGAUACGGCAAAUCCAGAUGUCUCUGAACAAAGCAACAAUUUAAAGCAACGACAUUUUCUCUCCUUUAAGCACUUAAAAUCAAGUGUGGUGUGUUUUCAAAGGCAGAAGUCUGCAUUUUGAGCAAAAGGUGGUUUCCCAGCUCUUACAAGGUAACUGGUUAGCAUGACAUUCAAGUUUGGGCAGGGCUGCAAAC